CCUGUAUAAAGUUUCUUUCCCGGUCCCCGUUGAAGCAUCUCAUCUUUUCAUCAACUUAGUGCUGAGAACUCCAUAGCAUUUUCUCAAACACUCAGAGAUGGUUUCAGAGCAUGGAGAGGCUGCCGCCGAAGAGAACCUCACUGCCAAGAUGUUUCAGCUAAGUGUCGAGCAAGGAGAAGCCUCGCUUGUGCCGCCGGAAAAAGAAACUGAGAGGGUACUCUACUUCCUUUCCAACCUUGACCAGAACAUCGCGGUGAUAGUUCGAACAGUCUACUGCUUCAAAUCACCGGAUCAAGGUAAUGAGAAAGCCGGUGAUGUUAUCAGAGAAGCAUUAUCGAAGGUUCUUGUUCACUACUACCCGCUCGCCGGAAGGCUGACCGUAAGCUCGGAGAGGAAGCUCAUUGUGGAUUGCACCGGAGAAGGCGCGGUGUUUGUGGAGGCAAUAGCAGACUGCGAGAUGGAACAAAUAGGAGACAUUGCGAAGCCUGAUCCUUCUAUGCUUGGCAAGCUCGUCUAUGAUGUUCCAGGCGCCAAGAACAUGCUGGAGAUACCGCCUUUGGUAGCUCAGGUCACUAAGUUCAAGUGUGGGGGGUUCAUCCUCGGACUAGCCAUGAACCACUGCAUGUUCGACGGCCUGGGAGCGAUGGAGUUUGUGAACUCAUGGUGCGAAACAGCGCGAGGACUACCGCUCUCUGUGCCGCCCUUCAUGGAUCGAACGGUGCUCGAGGCCAGAGAUCCGCCUCUUCUCGAGUUUCCCCACCAUGAAUUCAGGGAGAUCCCCGAUUCCCCACGCACCAUAUCUCUGUACCAGGAGGAAAUGUUGUACAAGUCCUUCUACUUCGACCCGCAUAGGAUCGAACACCUCAAGAGCAGAGCGACGGGAGACGGCGUCCUUCACAGCUGCACCACCUUCGAGGCUCUGUCAGCACUCGUAUGGAGGGCUCGCACGGCGGCCCUGCGGGUGGAGCAUGACCAGCAGACGAAGCUGCUCUUCGCGGUGGACGGCCGGUCCAGAUUCGACCCGCCGCUGCCAAAAGGCUACUUCGGCAACGGCAUCGUGCUAACCAGCGCCUUGUGCGAUGCAGGGGAGCUUCUCGAGAAGCCGUUCUCGUUCGCGGUGGGACUGGUUCAGAAGGCAGUGAGGAUGAUCACGGACGGAUACAUGAGGUCUGCCAUCGACUACUUCGAGGUGACCAGAGUGAGGCCGCCUCUUACCGCAACGCUUCUGAUAACCACCUGGUCCAGGCUGACUUUCCACGCCACGGACUUCGGGUGGGGGAAGCCGGUGCAGUCGGGGCCGGUGGCAUUGCCUGAGAAGGAGGUGAUCCUGUUCUUGUCGCAUGGGAAGGAGAGGAGGAGCACGAACGUGCUUCUGGGACUGCCAGACUCUGCCAUGGUGGCAUUCCAAGAGCUGAUAGAAAUGUAGAAGGAGUGUGGCUUCGGGCAAUUGGCCGCCAUGGCCUGUCGCUAUCUCUAUAGUUCGGCAUUUAUGUUAAUGUUCAUGAUCAUAUAUGUACUGUCAUUAUGAUCUUAUAAGUACAUGGCUGAUUUAACCAAAUUAA